AACCCUACUUCCUUGGUAGAUUCACUCUGCAUCUUUUCAAAGAUUUGGUUUCUCCUUUAAACAUAAGCCGACCGUGUGCUACAGCAUAUGAAAAUGGGCUUCAGUGUGAGAAGUGUGAUUUGCAUCUUCAGUUUAUGUGUUGCAUUUGCUUUGCUCUUUGUUGGUGACAGCAGUACUGGUGGAGGCAUUCAUGAGCUGAGGAUUAAGAGUUUCAAAGUUAAUCAAGCGACAUCCAUUCCCAGCAGAAAAUUACUGACCGUAGCUGGCACAAAUGAUUAUGGUGAUGGUUCCAUUGGAGGCUCGGAUGGAAAUGGAAUACCAGGAUCAGACGGGUCUAAUGGCUCCGAUGGGAAUGGAAUACCGGGGUCAGAUGGGUCUAAUGGCCCCGAUGGAAACGGAAUACCAGGAUCAGAUGGGUCUACUGGCUCCGAUGGGAAUGGAAUACCAGGAUCAGAUGGAUCAACCGUCCCUGGUGGGAAUGGAAUACCAGGGUCAGAUGGGUCUAAUGGCCCCGAUGGAAACGGAAUACCAGGAUCAGAUGGGUCUACCGGCCCUGGUGGGAAUGGAAUCCCAGGAUCAGACGGGUCUGAUGGCUCAGGCUCUGGUGGUUGGGGAGGGUUUGGUGGACCAGAUGGAUCCGUAAACCGAAUCGGUGCAGCAUGCUCAAAGAGGAGCAUAGAUGUAUUUCAAGGCCAAACAGCCCCCAUGCCCAACGGAAUUCCCACCUACACAGUCGAAGUCCAGAACAUCUGUGUCUCCGGAAAGUGCACCAUAGCCAACAUCCACCUCAACUGUGGCUGGUUCAGCUCAGCAAGGCUGAUCAAUCCAAGCGUUUUUCGACGUCUCACGUACAAUGACUGCCUUGUUAAUAACGGACAGCCCCUUGGUCCUGGCCAAACCAUUACCUUUUCAUAUGCAAAUACUUAUGCCUACCCUAUGGCCGUCUCUUCCGUGGCUUGCUUCUGAUGCAAGUAACAACCCUAGUAUAAUAUAGUGCUUAAAGCACGUAGUUGGCAUGUAGGUGUGUGUGUUCAAUCUUUGUAGUUGUAGUUGUGUUUGUAUGAUCGGACUGAGUAUCAUGUGUGAUCAGUGUUCUACUUAACAAGUUCUAGUUGUGUUUGGUUGUAGCAUUUGCCCAGCUAUUACUCCUUUGUAACAAAAUCAAACCUUUGAGAAUCCGAAAUAUUCGGUUUGGACGGUUUGGAUCGGCUGGUUCAGACCGGUUUUGGAUAA